AUGUCGAAUGAAACCUCAGCAUUACCUGCUGAAUCGAGUGUACCAAAGCAACCCCAAGAAGAACAAGGGCCAGCUAUUCGUAUAGUUCCACAUAUUGACGGUCCUCGCUCUCUGCAUUUUGAUAUCAUCGAGCGAGAAGUUCCUGAAACUGUAGUGAUAAAAAUUGGUCGUUUUACGGACAAAACUCUAGCACCAAAUAGGGUCACGUUUAAGAGUAAAGUUGUAUCUAGAGGUCAUGCAGAAAUUUGGACUGAAGGCGGCAAGUUUUACAUUCGAGACACGAAAUCAUCUUCUGGUACUUUUCUAAACCAUGUUCGUCUAUCUGCUCCAAGCGCUGAAAGCAAACCUUUUGAAUUAAACGAUGGAGAUGUUGUUCAACUUGGAGUCGAUUAUCAAGGUGGAACGGAAGAAAUCUAUCGUUGUGUGAAGAUGCGUAUAGAAUUAAACCGUUCAUGGCAAAGACAGGCCAAUCCAUUCAGCCUCAAUGCAUUGAAACAAUUCAAACAAUUGACGAGCCCCGAAGCGUUAAGACAACAAACUACAGAUUGUUGUAUUUGUUUAUGUGGAAUUGGCCCUUGUCAAGCAUUAUUCCUUGCACCUUGUUGCCAUAUCUUUCAUUAUAAGUGUAUAAGACCGCUUUUAGUUAACCAUCAUCCUGGAUUUUUAUGUCCACUUUGCCGUAGUUUUGCUGACCUUGAAGCACAAAUCGAUAAUCCUGUCGAUUGGGAACAAUUGCUUGCUGAACAAGAGGAGGCAGAGAAAAAAGAAAAUGAAGAUCCCGAGAUAAGUGCAAAUAAGGAGAAUAUAGUAGAACAAUCAGAACAAUUAGAGCCCGAAAAUGGGUCCCAAAACGCUGGGCCAUCUACAUCAUUAUCAAAUAUCCAACCACAAAAUGUAACAGAAUCACCACCACCUGAGGUGGAUGCGAUGGAAAUUGACGAACGACUCAAUUCGCUUUCCCUUGUAUCUGCACCUCCUUUAGCAUCGAAAAAAACUUCUGCAGUACCUAUACCAAGAAAUAGGAAAAUGUCAAAUUCUUCAGAUGAUGGUGAUGACCAAAAUUUAAUACUUGGUCGCACAUUACCAUCAAGUCCACCAACUUUACCGGUAACAAAUUAUAUUGACGAAAAUCAACAUCAAUCACUUCGAGAACAAGGUGGGGCGCAAAGGUUAGAUGAGAUCAUCGAAGAAGAUGAAGGCUCAGUAGGUUCAUCGAGUCCUGGUAAAAAUCAAAAUCCUACAACACCACUCCAGGAAUCAAGUUGUUCUUCAGCUAGUAUGAGUGGUGACGAUGAUGCUAUAGUAAUAGAAAAUGACUUAGAUCAAGUAAACGAUAUUACAACUGGGUAUGUUGAUGUAUCGUCAGUAAGUAGACAAGUUGAUGAUUCUAGAGUAAAAGGAAAAGGUGUUGAUCGAUUAGGAACAAGUCACAUAGAAAAUCAGUUAUAA